AUGGGAGCAAAAGUCCCUCGUAAUUUCCGACUUUUGGAGGAAUUGGAGAAAGGCGAGAAGGGUUUGGGUGCAGAGGCUUGUUCCUAUGGAUUGGCUGAUGGCGACGACCUGAUGAUGACCAACUGGAAUGGAACCAUCCUUGGUCCCCCCCACAGCGCACAUGAGAACCGGAUCUAUAGUGUCAACAUCCACUGCGGCGACACAUACCCCGACCUCCCACCUACUAUUCAGUUUGUCUCAAAAGUCAAUCUUCCUUGCGUUGAUCAAAAGACUGGAAAGGUCGAUCCAUCCAAGUUACCUUGUCUUACCAACUGGAAAAGAGACUACACCAUGGAGACAAUUCUGAUCGAGCUGAGAAGAUAUAUGGCUCUUCCCCAACACAAGAAGCUACCACAGCCACAAGAGGGUUCCACGUUCUAA